AUGGAUACGCUUCAAAAGGUUGUUAUUGACCCUCUUCAACCCGUUCUCCGUCCUAUCUCCUCCGCUCUCCCGCAACCUGUCCACGAUGUCAUCAUCUCCUUGGUCGGAUCGCCAUGCCACAGCGCCCUCCUCCUCGAUCUUGAUGUCACCAAGGAUCCUGCCUGCACGUCCCUUGCUAUCUCCAAGGCUCUUGGUAUUGCCAUCGUGGGUGCGAGUGCCAUCGUGAAGGUUCCGCAGAUCCUGAAGCUUAUCCGCUCGCGAUCCUCCGCUGGCGUAUCCUUUGUCUCCUACGCCCUCGAAACCGCCAGUCUGUUGAUCACUCUGUCCUACGGCGUGCGCAACCAGUUCCCCUUCAGCACAUACGGAGAGUCUGCCUUGAUUGCGGUGCAGGAUGUGAUCGUUGGAGUUCUGGUAUUGACCUUCGCGGAUCGCCCUACGGCUGCUGCGGCCUUCAUUGCAGUGGUUGCCGCCAGUGUGUAUGCGCUGCUCUUUGACCAGACCCUGGUGGAUGCGCAGACCAUGUCGUAUCUACAGGCUGGUGCUGGUGCGCUCGGUGUGGCCAGUAAGGCGCCUCAAAUCUACACGAUCUGGCGCGAGGGAGGAACCGGACAGCUGAGUGCCUUUGCGGUAUUCAACUACCUCGUCGGUUCCCUUUCUCGGAUCUUUACUACGCUGCAAGAAGUUGACGACAAGCUCAUUCUGUAUGGAUUCAUUGCUGGGUUUGUCCUGAACGUUAUCCUGGCGGCACAGAUGGUCUACUACUGGAAGAGCCCGGCGCAGCCCAAGAAGCGGCCUGCUCGAGCUUCUAGGCCACUGGAAAAGAUUCCUGCUGCUGAAAGUACUGGAGUAUCGCCCAAGCCCUCGGCCAAGUCGCCCACCACACGCAGACGGGGUUAG